AACAUGAGUGUUGGGCGUCCUUAGGGACACGUUGAGCACGAUGACGCAAUUCAUGACAAUCAGUGCGGCUACCACCAUGACGAAAAUUAGAUACCUGAGAUAAGGGAGACGGGGUGGCUAGUGUCCUCAUCCAUUUUGUCUCCAACCCAAGACAAGGAGAGGGAGGGAAGAAGCGUUACAACUCCCUCAAUCCGAAAAGGACCUCACAAUCUCGACCAGUUAAAUUAUAAUCCCACUUUUGCCACCUCGACGCCGAAAACUCAAACCAACGUUUCCAAAAGGCACUUGCCAGCUGGGACAGCUCUACGUCACCAACACCGUCUCCUGCCCUCUUUCCUCCCUCACAAUGCAGUCAGUAUUUGUGUUUCGGGAUAGGAUAUGACGUUACAGCCCUGAAGUUGUAUUCCUUAAGGAGCUGGAAGCCUUUUCCCUCCCCAUCCAGCUCCUCCCACAUGAGAGUCACGUAAUUGCCCCACAUUCUGACCCUACCUUAGAGGAACGGCUUCAUCUAUGAAGGGGUCCUCGGGUUCCUUCGAUGCUCUGCUAUGGGUCUAUUGCUACCACAAUUCCACGGAGGUGGACCUCCGGCCCUCACUUCUAUGCUCCCUGGAGUUGGCCCUGGCUGCAGCCCAUGAAUAUCUGGAGUUCGGGCUGGAGAAGAUGAGACCUUUAGGGCCUUGGGACCAGGAUAGGGAGGAAGGGGAGCUGCCCAAAGGGGAAGGAGUGAAGCUAGAGUCACACAGCUCCUCAGCCUCUCCAGAACCCUCCCUGGGGCUGGUGCUGAGAGAGGCUAUGGGAAGUGCCUUGAGCUUUGGAACCACCUUGUUGCAGAUCUCGGUCCUAUGGCUACAGCUGGAAACUCGGCGCCUCUGUGGCUGCAGCGACCACGUCCACAAUCUGAGCUCGGGGAACCCUGGGCACGCAUUGUCCCGAGUGGCGUGGGCUGCAGGGCGGGGCGUGAGAGAGGCGGGAGCCACGGCCAAAGCUAGCACACAGCUACUCCUCCGUGGGGCACGGUUCUGUCUGCCAGUAGGCUUGAUAUUUACGGGAAUUCACGCUGCCCCAGGAAGACAGCUUCGCUCCUAUGGCCCUGGCGCAUUGGGCUGGGCAGCGGAAAACGUGAACACUGCAGAGGACUCGAGAUGAAACAGAGGUGAUGAAAGGUAUCUGGGGAACUGUUGACUUACCACCAGCCCAAAUAAAGCAGUGAAGAAAACCAA